AUGAUAGCUGCGUAUCACACGGAAGACGAGGAGGAGACCGAGAUCAUAGGUGUAAGUCAACAGAAAGAAAACGCUAUCACGUUGGGAAUGUUGUUCGUGACGUUUAUAGUCUUCUUACCUGUUCAAGUUGAGGGGAAGCAUCUUCACUUGGUGCUCCAGAUUAUCGUUACGGUUGCUGGGGCGCUAUUUUUAUGGAAGGGAGCAAAAAGCACCCUCACCUUCGAAAAACUACAUUUCGGCUAUAUUGGCGCCAUUUCUUAUGCACUAUACCUCGUUCAUUUUCCGAUUUUGCGUAUCGGCGAAUACCUUGGCGAUUUUUACAAUCAUCAACCUCUCGUUACCACCACCACUCUCUUUGCCACCUUCAGCACUGCAAUUUUUGCACAUCACAUCUACGAGAAACCUCUUCUGAAAUUUGGGCUUUAUGAUAAUGCAUAUAAUACUUUAAAAUAUUUCCUGAUCUGCUGGUUGAUCUUCUGGACGCGGGAAUGGAUCGUGAAGCCGGGAUGUGUUGAGAAUGCGACAGUUGCUGCGAAUGCGAAAUUCCGGAAUAGUGUAUAUCGACUGGAAGGAGGAAAAUUUAUAGAUGAUGGCUUUGGAAAAAGCAAACCCCCUUUUGGACAUUAUUCAUAUCAGAAUAACACCGGCUUUUUGAAGAUCGUGAUCAUUGGAAAUUCUUGGGCAACGCAACAAGCGCAUAUUGUCCGAAAGCUGUUUCCGCCCUCCACUACCAGUUCUAUGGACUUAUUCUCACUAGCUGGUCACUGUAUCGGCAUGCACCAACAAGAUCCCGAGACCGAAUUCGUGAUGAGCUACCUGGAAGGGCUGCAACCGGAUUACAUAUUUGUUUUGUUGCGAUAUGUAAUGGAGCUCCAGGACUAUAGAUAUGUCAAAAGGCGGGAUGAUGAAAUUCUGGAAAGAUAUAGGGCUGGAAUUGGUAGAAUGAGCAAAACGACGAAAAAGCUCUUCCUCGAACUCGACAGCCCCUAUAAAUGUGAUGAGAAAAAUGGCAAUGUAUCGACACUGGACUUCAAAUAUGAUGAACCAGCCUUUCUCACCUCAAACCCUCGAAAACGUCUAAGAAAUGUAUUGAAUAGAUGCAAAAAUUGCUACCCGAUCGAUUUGUCGGAACCGUUUAUAGACCGCCAGAACCAAAUCCUCAAAACCUACGACAAAAUUCGGAAGCUCGCCUACUUUGACAACACUUGCCACCUGACGGAUGUGGGACUCGGGCGAAUUGAGAAGCCGUUCCAGCAAGCCGUCGAGAAAGCCUUAAACCAUACGCUUAAACAU